AUGGUAUUCAACUACAUCCUGCGGUCUCUCCGCGGAACGAACCUAGAAGUGUUCAAGUUUGGCAUGUACCUUGCCUUCCCCAUUGGAUACAUGUACUACUUCGGUACGAACCUGGAGAACCGCUUCUCGGUACACGGCUUCUGGCCGACGCAAGAACAAAGUCACAAGAUCCCUUUUGAGAAGGAUGAACUCGAGGCCGAAGUACGGCGCAUACAGGAGAAUAUGAGAAGGCAGAAGGAAUGGAAGGCGGCGCAGGAGCAGCAGCAGCAGCAGCAGCAAUAA